AUGUCCCUUACAUAUAGUUUGCGAACACCUCAUGUUCGCCAUAUGCGCAGUGAAGUCAUCAAUGAUCCCGAUACGCCUGGCUACAGAGUUAACUUUCAUCAGCCAGUACUGGAUUAUUUAGAUGCGAAGACACAACAUUUCCAUGGUUCAAGAACCCACACCCCAUGGGUGGAUGAAUGUACACCCAAGCAUUAUCGUUCCACCUCAACGCUGAAUCAAUUGAAUGCCGUCAAGACCCUUAAAGUCGAACAUGAUACCGACGAAAGGACAGAGGGCAUCAUUAGUGACUUACACUACCAGCACAAGGCUCCUUUCGAUGAACUGCCGAUGUAUGAUCCAUCACAUAUCACCCGUCACACCCAUCCCGAUCAGGUGUCAGAUCAGGCUCAGAAACGUAUACGCUACUUGAAUCAACGUCAGCUGGAAAAUCAAAUCAAAAAGGACACCAUGGAAAUUGUUGAUCGUAUCAAUCGUCUGGAAUUGGACAACAAUGAGUUGCCACGUGAGGUCGAACGUCAGGUGCGUGGUAUUUAUUCCCGCGUUCUUCCACCCUAUGAACCGCCUGAGUAUUUGGAAGAUCUUGAUACGGUCAUUGAUCGCGCUGCCUCACGUGUACGUUCCACUUCACCCGAUUCUGCAUAUCGUAAACCAUAUCCAAAGUAUAUGCAAACCAUUGACGAACGCCGGGCAACAAAAUUGUACAAACAAGUUGGUGCCUCUCUAAAGGAAUCUAAGCGUAUUCUGCGGAAAAUGGACGAUCGUGUGGAAUGUGAUUUCUACAAGUGCAGUUUGAAUGACAAAUGCUGGCUGUGUCGUAAGCUAAUGCGUAAUAAUUCACGUCUGCAUUAUUAUCCCAGUAACGCGAAUCCGCUUGUUAUGAGUACUCGUCGCAGGAAUAAGGUUACUUAG